AUGUUCGCGACGCGAUCGCUGUCAAGAUCGUUGACUCUGCCGACGCAUCUCGCCAAGGACAGAUCAACUAUCGGUAACACGUCAUCGGAGCUUUGGCGAUCCUCGGAGGGAGUUCCGGGCCUUUUAGUGGGGCGUCAGCAGCCCAGCGCGAAAUCACAUCAGCAUGGUCGUUCCGGUCGCAGACUUUCGCAUGUCUCGCCAGUCGCGUCGUCGUUUGUCGCCGACCUCCUCAGCAACGAGCCGCUGGUGGCAGCAAGCGCGGCGUGCGUGGUGGCGCAGUGCUUAAAGCCUGUUAUAGCGGCCGCAGCAGGGGACGGCUUUAACUGGCGCCUUGUGUUCAAGUCGGGCGGCAUGCCCUCCUCACACUCCGCUGUUGUGACAGCUCUGGCAACGUCAAUCUACUUCGAGCGUGGAGCAUCAGACGCUCUCUUUGGAGCAACAGUAGUGUUUGCCACCAUAGUCAUGUACGACGCCCAGGGGGUGCGGGGAGCAGUGGGGAAGCAAGCUCAGGUGAUCAACUCCUUGGUUGUGCCGCAGUUGGUUCGCCCUCCCCCUCUCUCCUCCAUUCGCAACAGCGAUGCAUCCCUCUCCAAAGGCACAGCGGAUCCGGACUGUCAGGAAGCCAUCAAAGCCGCGACUCGGAUUCUUGAAUCAGGCAGCGGCAGCGGCUGGCAGUACCCGUCCAUCCAGGAAAUUGGCGACACGGGCCCCAUAGACCCGGAGACGGACCCCGCGGUGCUCGCGCGCAUGCUUCCGCUCAACGUGCGCGCGGGCGGGCCGUUCGCGGACUGGAUCACGGGCGAGCGCGAAUGGUUCAACGUCAACUACUACUUCGGCAAGGGCGGCAACGACCUGCUGGACACGCAGCGCAGCAACGACGUGAUCUGGGGGGGCGAGGGCGACGACGGGCUGUACGGCGAGGAUGGCAACGACACCAUGAUGGGCGGCCCCGGCAACGACCUGCUGUGCGGGGCGCCCGGGAGGGACAUCAUAUACGGGGAGGAGGGUGACGACACAGUGCUGGGGGACCCGUGCGGCAUCGGGAACAUCUGUGAGGGCCCCCAGGUGGUCUACAACGACUGGAUCCACGGCGGGCCAGGCAAGGACGUGCUGAACGGGCAGAAGGGCGAUGAUGAAAUCUAUGGUGGCACGGGCGAUGACAGGUUGUUUGGGGGGGACGACAAUGACUAUCUGAACGGCGAGGAGGGCAAUGAUGCUUUGUUUGGCGAGGCGGGUAACGACUACCUGGCGGGGGGGCCGGGCAAUGACACGCUCUAUGGCGCCGCUGGCACCGAUACGCUUUACGGCGGCCCUGGAUAUGACAUCUUGAGAGGUGGCGGUGGCACCAACAUAUUCGUUGUGGACGCCCAGCCAUGCGGCUCCUUUGACCAGAUCCGAUACUUUGAGCCUAAGAACGGCGAUCAGGUCAUAGUGGUGGCUGGAGGAGGAGCGGCAGGCAGGGAGCUGCUCAAGAAAGGCAGAGCGGCAGUGACAGUGCAGACAGUGAAGCAUGUGACGGGCGUCUAUGUGCAGGGGUGUGCGACGCCCAUAGCGGUGUUCACAGGGGUGGACAUUCCCGCUGCUCCCAUCGCCAAGGCACUAAAGCUGCAUGCCAACCCCCCGCCGCCCCCCUCCUGGGUCGUGGGCUACAUCCCUCCGCCCAUCCCUGGCAAGAACGGAGUGCCGCCCAUCCCCCCUGACAACGUGUUGCAGGGCAGUCCGUUCGGGGACAACCUGUACGGCCUCAACCACUCCAAGAAGAUCGGCAAUUUCAUGUUUGGGCUGUCGCUGAACGACAAGCUGGUGGGGGGCCCGGGCCCGGACGUUAUACUGGGCGGCAAUCACAACGACACCAUCAUUGGGGGCGCUGGGAACGACCGACUGUCAGGCGGGUCGGGAUACGAUUUGAUUCUGGGCGGCGCGGGCCGGGACGCGCUGUUUGGCGGGCACAACGUGGACAUUCUUUACGGAGGGGGGUGGGGCAACUGGAUCACUGGAGGGGACUCUGCAGACAAGAUCUACGUGGAUGCGCCCAGAAGCUGCCAGGCCACAGGGCCCGCGCCUGAUAUUAUCAAUGACUAUGACACGGACAAGAUAUUCAUUGUGGGCUCUCUCACGUCCCUCUCUCAGCUCUCCAUCGCCACCACUACCUCGGGCACCACCAUUGCUCUCAAGGGCUGUGCUACCCCGUUCAUCUUUGUGAGAGGGGUCUCCAACCUGCCCACUUCCAACAUUUUCUUCACUACCCUGGAUGGCAUCCCUACAAAACCCUGA